UCCGGACGUGUGUACGUGCAGUAGUGUUUUAGUUGUCCGGACUCCGGAUCGCACGCGUCCAACGCGAAAUGUUUCCGGCGCUAAUAAUGGACUUCAACCGGACCGUAUCGAGGCCUUUGCCGCAAAUGGGCUCGGCGGAUGACGCCGGGGGCGAAACUCACUUGCUGGGAUGGAACCUCGGCGCCGAAGAUCUCAUUCACAUCCCGGAACACUGGUUGAAAUACGAAGAACCUAGUGCAUUACAACAUUACUACUUGGCAUUUAUGUACACUAUUUUUACAAUAAUCGCAUUAGUCGGAAACGGUUUGGUUAUAUGGAUAUUUUGCAUAUCAAAGUCAUUAAGAACGCCGUCCAAUAUAUUUGUAAUCAAUUUGGCAUUAUGCGAUUUCUUGAUGAUGGCUAAAGCGCCGAUUUUCAUAUACGGUUCAGUUCAACGCACUUAUCAGGGUCAUUUUCUCUGUCAAGCAUUUGCUCUGGCCGGAACUAUCAGUGGCCUCGGAGCAAGCAUUACAAACGCAGCAAUUGCUUACGACAGAUAUAGUACGAUAGCAAAACCAUUCGAAGGACGUAUGACUUAUGGAAGAGCAUUUUUUAUAAUGAUAUUAAUUUGGGCCUAUGUUUUCCCAUGGUGCUUUUUACCAGCCACUGAAAAGUGGAACCGAUAUGUACCAGAGGGUUAUCUGACAAGUUGUACUAUUGACUAUUUAACUCCAACAGACGAAACUAGAGCUUUCAUUGGAAUCAUGUUUACCAUUUGUUACAUUAUACCGGUAUCAUUAGUUAUAUAUUUUUACUCGCAAAUCGUUAGCCAUGUCUUCAACCACGAAAAAGCUCUUCGUGAACAGGCUAAAAAGAUGAACGUGGAAUCAUUGCGGAGUAACCAAGAUGCAAACGCUCAAUCAGCUGAAGUGAGAAUUGCAAAAGCCGCCAUUACAAUAUGUUUCCUAUUCAUUGCAGCUUGGACACCAUACGCAGUAGUUGCCAUGAUUGGUGCUUUUGGAGAUCAAUCGCUGCUUACACCCGGCAUCACAAUGAUACCAGCGAUAUUUUGCAAAUCUGUAGCCUGUUUCGAUCCUUAUGUUUAUGCAAUAAGUCACCCGAGAUACAGAUUGGAAUUAUCAAAACGUAUUCCAUGUCUUGGAAUCGAAGAAAAGCCACCAGCAACAGCAUCUGAAACUCAAUCCACAACAACUACUACCGCUUAGUGCUUAAUAUCUACAUUAUUAUAUAAGGUUUAAUAUUUCGGACUAUUGAUUACUCAAUAGAUAAAUAAUUAAAUGAGAGGUUUUUAAAAAUUAUCCACUUAUCGUACUAUUUCAUUAUUGAUCCCAAAAGACAAGUAUUAUUUUUUUACAAAAAAAAAAAUAAUAAAUAUAUAUAUAUUUUACUGAUUAUUGUAAUUUACUUAUUAUACGUUUGCAAUUUUUGAAAUCUCGCGUAAUUUCUUGUAA